CCAUUGUCAUGCUCCUAGGGAUAAGAAGUUUGAUGUAACGAUGGGGUGAGACCUACUUCACAAACUUUCACAUUUCAAGGAAAGGACACAAACUGAUGCCUAUGAAACACUACCGUUGCGGAAGUGGGAACAUAAAAAAAAGACAGAUGGCUCAUCUUCUUGCAGACAGACAGAGCGAUGCGUCUGAGCUCAUAACGAAAGGCGCUCCGUAUCAGUAGAGUUCCGGUAGACAUCGUGGCAAGAUGGGCUCCAUUGUCCAAGGUAUUAUAGAAGAAAGCAACAGAAUAUGGAAACUACGAGAUUUGAGAACGGACGGCUGGCCGCUAACGCAUUCACCGAUGACUCCAGUGCUCAUGUCACUUUCUUAUCUUUUUAUGGUCAAAAUUUGGGGUCCAAGGCUCAUGGAAAGUCGGAAACCUUUCCAAUUGCGGGGUGUACUGAUUAUCUACAACGCAUUCCAAAUCGUUUUCAAUGGUUGGAUGUUCUGGGAAAGUAACCGAGUGACGUGGUUCAACGGUUAUAGCAUCAUCUGCCAACCUGUGGAUUACUCUCAAAACGAAGAUGCCCUUCGCAUAAUUUUUAUCGGCUAUUGCCUUUACAUCUCGAAGUUGAUUGAUUUUCUUGAUACGCUGUUUUUCAUCUUACGUAAGAAGGACAAUCAGAUCACUUUCCUUCACGUCUUUCAUCACAGCUUUACGCCUCUCUCCGUAUGGCUUUGCUUCCGAUUCAUUGCUGGUGGACAGAGUUGUUUCUUUCUGACGUGCAAUACAUUGGUACACGUUGUGAUGUACUUCUACUACAUGAUGGCGGCGAUGGGUCCGCAGUUCCAAAAGUACCUAUGGUGGAAAAAAUACCUUACCGUUUUUCAAAUGGUUCAGUUCGUCUUGGUUGGUGUUCAUAGUAUACAAUUACUCUUCAUUGAUUGUGACUAUCCUAAGGCCUAUUCUUGGGGCACUACGUUGCAAGCCGUUAUGUAUUUCUUCCUCUUCAAAAAUUAUCACACGGGAGCGUACAACAAGCGCCCAACUGAAAUUUCUGGAUCGUCCCGUAUAACUGGGAAAAAACAUUUGUAGCCUAAUAUACGUGUCAUGAAUAAAUUGUUCCUACACACUGUUAUUUAACAGGACAGCAGUAAAAAGGUAAAACGAAGGACAAGCGAGUCUGCUGAACUUCAUCACAGCGCUUACUUUGCUCCGACAACACACUAGGCUAUUUAUUCUACGAAUGCCUGAUGAAUGACUAAGUAUUCUUAUGUAUUUUUGUAAAUAAUGCAUUAUAUUUAUAAAAGUAGGUUUUGAAAUUGAACUGGGUCAUUUCUCUAUGAUCAGUUAAUGGUUCCUCUUUGCCAGCGGAUUGAUAUGGUGUUUUUCUGUUGGUUAACCACAAGCCUAAGGCACCUACGAGCUGCCGAUUCUCGAGUCUACCGAGUUACAAGUCCCGUCGAAAUUACUA